UGUUUAUAAUGUGAUUUACAGAUUCCAGAAUGGAUUUUGAGUUUGAGAACUUAUCUUCUGAAGUUCUUUACCAUAAAAGAUCAGAGUUGCGACAAAAACUUCAGAGCUUGAUUGUUGAGGGGGAAGAUAAACUUGUUUUAAAGCAUGUUCUCCUUGAUGUUCAAAAUAUGAAGGAGAAAAUGGAGGAUUUCUUACUCAUCAUUAAACAAAAUAAUCAAGUAGAAUCAAGUGAACAAACUCUAAAGGAUAUGUUGUUAAAAAUAGGAAGAGAACAAGUAGUAAUGAUGAGUAGAGUUUAUGCUCUAGGAUUAGGUUGGUUACUCAAUACAAUACAAGAUAUACAGAGUUUUCUCGGAUCUCCAGCUACCACUAAGAUAGAGGUGAAGGAGUGUGAUCAGGAUAUGAAGGUAGAUAUUGAAGAUAUUGAAGUUGUUCCUGAACUUGAUCAUCAAUCUAAUCAGCAUCAGCUUAAGCAGGAGCAAGAUAAUUCAACACAAGAUGAUGAGUUGGAAAAAAUAUCAGAUAUGUCGGAUUUACAUUGUAAUCUAUGUGAAUAUGUUGCCACACAACGAGGACAUUUAAAACAACACAAACUGCAUCGACAUGAAGCCAGAACCUUCCAAUGUGAACUCUGUGACCAUGCUGCGCCAACAAAAAGAACUUUAAAGCAACACAAAGAAAUCAAGCAUGAAGGAUUAAAGUUUCCUUGUGAUCAAUGCAACCUGUCUCCAAGCACCAUGUCAAGCUUGUUACGACACAAGCGCAGAAAACAUGUUCUGCAUCGUUGUCUGGAUUGCGGGUACAAGUGUCGGUCACUUCCUAACCUUUGGAAACAUGCAAGGUUGGAACAUGAACUAGAUCUACGGCAAGAUGAAGGAUUAUUAUCAGCCAAUAGGAAUACUGAUCUACCAGGGGAAGCUGAAAAUACGAAUGGAUCUUUAACUGAUGAAGAAAGGCUGAAUGAUGACAUGGAAAGAGAUGAGUGUAGAGACUUGUUUGAGAAGCACAACACUAUUGAAAUGGAAGAUAAAAAUGAGAAAGGGGGUAAAGAAGGAUUAUCCUGUGAUGAAUGCAACUUUUGGACGCUAAAUCCUCGAGCAUUGAAAGAUCAUGUUGCAAUCAAUCAUGAUGGAAUCCGAUAUUCCUGUGAUAAUUGUGAUUAUAAGGCUACAACAAAAUCUUACUUGAAGAAGCACAAGCAAAGCAAACACGAAGGAAUGAGGUAUUCCUGUGAUGAUUGUGAAUAUUCUGCCACUAGUAAAUAUCUUCUAAAGGAACACAGUGAGCGUGAUCACACUUUUAGCUCAAAUAGAAGCAAAGACAAAGACCUCUACCAACCAUCUGUCGAAGAUGUGAAAGUGGGUGAAAAUCAAGAAACUAACACUUAUUUAUGCGAUCAGUGUGACUUUACAACAACACAUCUACGAUAUUUAAAAAGUCACACUGAAAACAUGCAUGAAGGUAUACGGUAUCCCUGUGAUCAAUGUAGUUAUGAAGCGAGCAGGAAAUUUUAUCUGAAAGCUCAUAAACGAAGUAAACACGAAGGAAUAAAUUAUCAAUGUGAUCAAUGUGAGUUUCAAACGGGAACAGUCUAUUCUUUGAAAGGACACAAGGAAAGAAAACAUAGUGAUAACAAAUACUUUUGUGAUAGAUGUGAAUAUGUUUCUACAAAUAUGGAAGAUUUAAAGAGACAUAUAAGAAACAAACACGAAGGCGUUAAGUAUCCCUGUGAUAAAUGUGAUUUUGUGGGAAGCCAGGCAAGCAGCCUAAGUGUGCACCAGAAGAGUGUUCAUAAAGCAAUUAGAUUUUCAUGUGAUAAAUGUGAAUAUGUUUCAAUAUAUAGCAGUACGUUGAAAAAACAUAUUGAAAUUAAACAUCUUGGAAUACGACAUCCGUGUGAUCAAUGUGAAAGUACAUUUACCGAAAUGAAGAAUUUGCAUCAACACUUAAAAAGAAAGCACAAUUUAUAUCAAGUUAACAGUAAUUAGAAAAUAUAACUAUAGUUUUUUAUACCAGUUAAUAAUAUCAUAUUUACUUGUAAUUAAGUCUUUUAAAUAUAUACAAAAUUACUUUGCCUAAACAUGUUAUGCCGAACUUUUCGUUGAAAACGUCCUAACUUUAACGCCAAUAAAUGGAUAACACAGCCAUA